AUGGAUGGCGAACGAAGAGAGCUGCGAAGUUGGUCUAUAGAACCACGUGAUCGACGUGUGCAUGCCGUGAGUCCAAUGCACUUGCAAGAAGGUCGAAUACUGAACUCCUUACUUCAUGAGGCUCAUAAUAUUUCCACUUCUAAUAAUAAAAUCAGUUGUCAGCAAGUGGAUGAUAUCGAAAUUAAUGAAGUGGAGGACGCCAAGUUACAACAGAUGAUUAGCAAAUAUCAGUCACAUGUACUUCAGCAGCAGCAACAACUAUCAAAUCGAGCCAGUCAUGAACUCAUAAAGACUUUCGCAAGUCCAUCAGCGGCUAAAAUUCACCAGAAAAUUACUCCCAUGAGUCACUCACAGCCGUGUCUUAUAACAAUAAGUGACCAGAAAAACGAUUUAGUUGCAGAAUCUGCUCAACAAGUCUAUCAUCCCAGCCCACCAUUUGAUGGAAACGAAAUUGCGAGCCUGAAAGCACAGUUGAUUGCUAAUCAAAAUUUAGUCCGAGCGCUUCAGGACGAAAAUUCUGCACUCAAGCAACAGUGUGAUUUUUUGACUCUUAAAGCCAGCCGUUUACAACAGCUUGAAAAAGCCUACGAAACUAUUGAAAAGGAAUAUGAGAACUUAACGACACAAAAGGAAAGGCAAGAUAGUUUGGAGAAAGCAGCACGUGUGAAAAUGGAACAACAAAUAACGAGAUAUGCUUCUGAAAACGAGAUGCUACGGGCCAAAGUUGCUGAACUAAUAAGAAGGAUUCAAAUGGAAGAUCAAUCAGAACAGAUCAAUAAGCUUAAUUUGUUGCUAAACGAAAUUAUUCCACAAAACAAAGAACUAUUGAUUUGCAAAGAGCGUCAGAAGAUGGACAUUGAAGCUCUAGAAGUGACUUUAAAAGACCAGAGGAAUCAUAUUCAGAUACUGGAGAAAGCUCUUGGAAACGCUCAAGAAAAAGCAUUAAGAAAAGAAAAAGAAGUUGAAGAACUGACCGAAAAAGUGGAAAGAGCUGAAUCACUGCAAAAAACUGUCGAAAAAUCAAUAUUUGAUAAGCGAUUUAGAGAAGACGAGUGGAACCGUGAAAGAGCACACCUUGAGAUGGAAAAUGCACAGUUAAAAAUGCAGCUUGCUAAAGAAAGCGUUUCAGUUGGAGUCAAAAAGGGUUCUAGUGCGCGAAAUCCAGAAAAUGAUGAGUUAUCCAAACUCAAAAAAUCUCUUCAUGCAAAAGAAGAUAUGAUCGCUCAGCUAGAAAAGAAUAUGAUUGAAUUGGAAGCGAAAUUUCAUGAAGAAAUGCAGCGAAAUAAAAUGGCAAUAGCAACACAAUCGGAUACUUUAUCUGGAAAACUGAAAAAAAUGGAGGAAGAAAAAAGUGAAAAAGACCGUAAAAUAGCUGAAUUAACUGAGGAGAAAGAAAGGCUCUCUGAAAAGCUUGAAGAUGAGCGUAAAAGUUCGGAAAGCCGAACGAGUCUUCUCGAAAGAGAAAUUGAUCGUAUUCGAAAUGGUGAUAACCGAAGAUUUCGAGAAGACAUGGCACGUAUGGAGCAGAUGCGUUUAAAAAUUGCUGAUAGACGUUGUUUCACAAACGAACGUUCUCGUAAUCGAUGCGUGCAUCACGGACGCACAUCUUCGGGGACACCUUCUGGUUUUGCUCAUAUACAUCUGAGAGCAAAUUCAGCGACAGCGUUGUUGUCAAAUGACAGGCAUCUCCAUUCCGCAAAUAGUCAUCCUGUAUCAUCUGAUUUGUCUUUCGACUUGAACAGCGAUAAGAAUACAGCAGUUGUUUCAACUCUAAGUGCUACUCCUUCUAGGAAAGCUUCAAUUAUAUUCCCACACUCCUCAUCUUGUCAAGAGGAAAUAUUCGCUGAUCGAAAUGGUGCAGCACUUAGUUGCACUGAUGCGAAGGGAAUGUAUGAUAUGAGCCCGAAAUGCUAUACGCGACCUAUAUCUAUACCACCUAGUUAUAGUGUAACAUUUCCUGAGAGUAAAUAUGUAUAUUCCACUGUAUCUAAUCCAUCUAUUACUUUAUCAAGUGAUCCUAUCGUUAUUUCUACCGAUAGUAAUGGAGAAUUUUGCAAGCGACAAAUUUCAGUUGAAGAAGUCUGGGAUGUUUAG